AUGGAACUGAUCUCUACACCAAACAGAUUCAUCCCUAACUAUAAGUGUGACCUUCAGAACAAAUUGGUGGCUGUCAUUGGGGGGCCGAGCUCUAACGAAUUCCUGAAUAUGGCAGCUAUCCUGACUAACUACAAAACUGCACAACUUGCAUACACCUCUGCUCCACAGCUGGAUACUCAAACCCAACCGGUUUUCUUCCACUGGAUGUUCCCAAACACAAUUCAUCAGUACAGAGGGAUUCUCCAUCUUUUGCUAUAUUUUGGGUGGACCUGGAUUGGGGUGAUAUAUCUCGAUAUUGGCAGUUCAACAGAGAUGCUUUUAAGGAAUGUGCUUCCCAUGCUUUCCAAGAAGGGUAUCUGCUUUGAUUUCAUACGAGAAUUGGCUGGUAGGGUCCUCAGUGAGACUGGUGAAGUAGAAGAAGCAGUUCAUGAACUGUUAUGUUUUCUCUUGACCCGUAUAUCUAAUGCUGUGAUCUUUCAUGGCAAAUUUCAGAGUAUCCUAAAUUUGAGGAUUUUGCUCAAAAUUUCUGAAAUUGAGGAAAUGCCAGAGUAUUCCAAAGUCUGGAUUAUGACAGCAGAUGUAGAUUUUACAUCCAUUCCCUUGCAGAGAACUUGGGACUUAAAUGUCCUUCAUGGAUCUUUAUCCUUGGCAAUUACUUCAAAAGAUAUUUCUGGAUUCCAUCAGUUUCUUCAGGUGAGGAGCCCUUCUUUGGAGAAAGAUGAUGGUUUCCUAACACAGACCUGGCAACAGGUAUUUGAUUGCUUCUUCCCCGGUUUUACCAGUGACACAGUGGAUGAGGACAUCUGCACUGGGAAGGAGCAGCUAGAGACUCUCCCUAUGACUGUGUUUGAAAUGAGGAUGACGGCUCACAGUUACAGUGUCUACAUUGCUGUCUACACCAUUGCACAUGCUUUGCACGCUAUGCAGUCUUCUAUGGACAGCCAGAGACCAGUUAUGAAUGGAUGGAGACAAAAGUUUCAGCCAUGGAAGGUAACACUCAGAGCAGGCUAUUUAAGACAUCUCAACAUUCCUCCUGCCAUCAAGAAUAUCCAUACUCUCUGGAGACCCUGGGAGUAUGUAGAGGAAGACUGA